UUCCCUUGCAUACCGCCGUAGUCCCGUGGGGUGCGAACCCAUCGGUGGCGCGAUGGGCGCAUGAGCUGGUGGCAGAAAUGAAGUUUCAGUCCGACCUCGAGGUGAAGGCCACGCACCUACGUGAACAGGCGAAGAUGCUCUUGUGUGGGUGUUCGCAAGGCGUGCUUCUUCAAGGCGUUUCAACGGAUCGCUCCGUCCGGUGGAGGUCGACGACCGGGAGGUCGACGGAGCUGCUGUUGGCGAGCGUCUGCUCGUGCAGCGAUGGCCUUGUGCUGUGUUGGUGCAGAUCAGAAGGCUGCCGAAAUGACUGGUGCAGACCAGCCUUGACAGCGCAGGCGACAUACCACUCUGUGCUUUUGAGGCCAGCCUAUCACCUCGAUGGUGAUGGAUGACAGCAAGACACAUGGGCAUGCCGUGCUUGCUGGGGGCCUUUGGCAUGCCGUGCUUCAGUGUGGUUGUGAGGCCUCCCAAACGGUAGUGCCAGAGGGGAGGCCAUCCAAGUCUUGGACAUGAUUUCUCGAUAUACUGCGAUGGUGCCACAGCUCAUACGAUGUGCAUGAGCAGAGUCUUACCUGAAAUGGGGGUGCUUUCCUACCAGGGUCCCUCAAAAUGCACCCUCCAGGUUGGUUCGCCCAACCUGUGAUCCGGUAUCAAUCCAACAUUGCGCCGUUUGGAACUGGCCAAACACUGAAGAUAGCGGAGCACUUUCUGUCAGAACUUCAAACAAAAACCAUCGAUUUUCUGUAUGAUUUUGGUUGUUUUUCGCAUUUUCCUGCACAAACGGUGCAGGUCUCAACCGUCUCUGGGGGCGCCCGUUGGACCGUCCCGUCGACGUGGGCUGAAACCCCCCACGACGUGAAGCCCGACUGGGCCGGCCGGUGCGGG